AUGUUUAGUCAAGUUGAUACUCAUACUCAUACCACUACCACAAACACUUCUGCUGCUGCUGUUGCUUCUACAACUACCAGUCCAACUACUACAACCACCGCAUCAACUACCCCAAAUAUCCCAUCCUUGGAGACUUCUAGACUGGUACUAAUUUCAUCAAUUAUAUCAUCCAGACCAAAUACUGAACCACAGAUGUCUCAUGAUAAAGUAAUUUCCGGCAAGGUGUCACCACCUGUUAUGGAAGCGCAACAACAACUGCAUUUACCAAUAAGACCUCAAACUCUGUUACAUCCCUCUCCCCCACCACUAUCAGAGAACAAUAAACGCAAGGCAUCAACUACAUCCCCUUUGAAUGCCAGUCCACCAACAGGUUGUCAAUCUGCUACUAGUACAACAACUGCAGGUAGCAAUAGUUGCAACAGUGCCAUUUCGCAAGCUUCAAAACGUCACAAACCGAUGUCUCUAAAUUUGAAUGUUCCUAAUAGAAAUGCAGAUUUGGCAUUAAGGAUUGUAAGUCCUGGACUACCGGCUUUAGACGAUGAAAUGAAAUCAACUAUAAAGCUAUCACAGAGGAUUCAGCAACAACAAAGGUACUUGAUUGCUAGUAGACGUGGGGUGGAUGUUGACCAAGAAAAGUUUGAAGAUAAUGGUGAUACUUAUGUCGAUGAAGAUAUUGUUGCACAGCAAGUCCUGAGAUCAACGGACAAAGAUGCCCCAGGUGAGUCUGAAGGACAGUUGUCAAGCACAUCAUCGAAGAGUCAAAAUACUUCACCUAUGGAAUCAAAUAAACUAACUGGUGAGACUACAGAUGCAACUGGUCAAUUAUCACUUUCACGACUGGAAAACAAAGAAAAUACAACUACUCCAACAACUACCCCAACAACUACAAAAUCACCAGUUUACGCUCUAGAUGAUUCGGACAUUACUAGACUUUCAAGUUUGAAAAAUAGAAGAAUGAAGAGGAAAAAUGUUCCUGCUCCAUUAAAUAUAGGAACAUCAUCAAAUACAGCCAACAACCCUAAUCUGUCAAAACCCAAACUGCAUAUUGCUCCAUUAUCUAUACAUUCAGCCCCUAUUCGAUCAGCACCAACACGACCAACCGUUAAUUUGAGACACAGAGGAGGCGGUGUAUUUGGAAAGUAUUCUAGACCAGUCAAUAUACAUCCAGUGCCGCCAACUUUGUCCUCAACAUACCGUCAUUCGAUGCAUCCCUCGUCACACAAUCCACAACAACAACCAUAUCACUAUUUGCCACCACCAAGAACAGCAAGAUUGAAUAAUAAUAAUGCACCACCAAUGGCGUACACCGUAAGACAAGGACGUCCCUUUUCAUCUCAGCAACAGCCACAGCACCCACAGCAGCUCCCUCGUGGAGUACGACUAGUCCCAGCACCUAGUACAACCGCACAACAGUUUUCCAUGAGAUAUUUACCUAUUGUACCACCUUCAUCAACAAUGCUAAAUUUCCAACAAAGACAGUACCAGCAGCAAAUGCAACUGUCGCAAUCACAAAGAGAUAGAACUUCUACUGUUGGUGGAGCUAGUAUGAGCAAUUCAAGACCAGGGGCCGUAACAGAUGUUUUUAAUGACAAUUUUCAAAAAUCUACUCCCUUGCACUCACAACCAUUGUCAUCACAAGUUGAAUUUUUCAAACGUGUUAAUGUUAAUGGAUCAAUAAAUCAAGAAAAUGCAAAAACAAGUGAUGACAUUGUUGAGGAUGUCGAUGAUGAUAAAGCACCAGUAUCACAGGAUGAGAUUGACGAAAUGCAACAAAAAUAUGCUUCGAGUCGAAUGGUUAUGCCUCAAUACGUGCCUAGUUUUCAACAACAACAAUAUGCCAGUGCUAAUGGUUCAAUGAUGAUGACGAUGGUGCCAAACAUGGCUCCUCCUGCCUCUUCUGUUGUGCCAAAUGGAUACAAUUCAUCUCCAUUGAGGGGAGGACUGAAGAGUGAAGUAUUUGGUAGUAUUAAUUUCAUGAAUGAAAAUAUAUUCAAUUUCAGGAUUUUUGAACGCAAGAAUAAAUCUGGAGAAGGAGAGCAAAACAUAGAUGGUCAAUUCAGUGAAGUUGAUUAUGAUGCCGAAAGACAGGCAUUGUCUACUUCUUCAUCUGCUGCUUCUGCUUCGCAUUCGGGCUCAUUUUCAGCGUCUCCAUUGGAAUCUAAUGAUAAAUGGAGCUCACCUAAUGACGGCGAUGCUUUAAAUAAUGGUGAGGGGGAUAACUUGUCAAAACGGAGAGAAGAGAAGGAAGUCAUUGAUGACAAACACAAUGAUGCUUCUGUAAACAGUACCAAUGAUGAUGCUGCUGUUGAAGAGGACGAUGCAAUAAAAGAAGAAGAGCAAGACAAAUCGAAAGAGGGAAGUCAAGAUUGGUUACGUUACGAGAAGAAAAAAUUUAUGAAGAUUUGCGAAACUUGUUGGGAUGAAUUUGUCAAGUCAAGAAGUCAACAAGGGUAG